CUGUACUUUUAGUUGAGUGUUCACAAGUUGUCGAGACACCGUGCCGUUCAGUACGUAAGACAUCCGAUACCUAAAAGGAUAACCACUGUGACACGCGUGCAAGUGUACGUCUGCAUAUAUAUUUUGCAAGGAAAGGAAAAAAAAAGAACGAAAGUGCAUGCCACUCGUGUUGUAGAGUGACUUUGUUUUAACGGUUCGGUGUUAGCAAUAGUAGUUCAGUGAGUCAUUGUUGUGUUGAAUCUCAAACGCGUCAGACCUCGUGGGUCUGAGAGAGAAAAAAAAUCGAGAUUUCUCUUCAUUGAAGAGAUUGCCAGAAAUUAGAGGCCUGUAACUACAGAAAAAACAACAAGACAUUGACGGCUCAUAAUAAACUAAGUGUUUAUUGUGAAUAGAAGACUUUGUUUUAGUGGAAUUACUGACGACGGAAAACAAGAGUCUGCGUUGGACGUCUGGGCGAGGCCUUUCGUGGAGAAUUUCGUAACGCACGUUUUUGCAUUGAACAAAAAGGAAGAAUAAAAAGAAUACAAGAAAAUAGGAAAUUAUUUUCUAUAAGUUGUAAAUUUUUUUUAAAUACCGAUGGUGCGAAGUCUUACGACAAUGGAGCCGACGUUUUAUGAGGAGCCAAUAUAUGUUAAUGGAAAUAGAGAAAAUGUUGGUCAGUUGAAACGAAACCUCACUUUGGAUCUUAAUGGUCAACGUCAGUCACCACAAAUCAAAAGGCCAAAACUUGGACCACUUCCACCAGCUCUUAGCACGGCUCCAUCAAUACUCAGUUCACCAGAUCUCAAUAUGUUGAAACUUGGAUCACCAGAAUUGGAAAAAUUCAUCAUUUCACAAAAUGAUGGACUUGUCACAUCAUUACCUACACCAACUAAUCAAAUUUUAUUUCCUAAAACUGUAACAGAAGAUCAAGAACGUUAUGUACGUGGGUUUGUCGAUGCUCUUAAUGAGCUCCACCACUCAGACAGCUCUCAAGAACCAGGAAGUAUUUAUGGGGCAACUUAUACAACUUUGGAGCCACCAAGUAGUGUUCAAAGUACAGAAUCAUUAUCACAAAGUUUGGUUAUGAUCAAAGAUGAACCUCAAACAGUACCAAGUGUUACCAGUUCACCACCAAUGUCUCCUAUUGACAUGGAGAGUCAAGAAAAAAUAAAAUUGGAAAGAAAACGACAACGAAAUCGUGUAGCAGCUUCUAAAUGCCGCAGACGUAAACUGGAGAGGAUUUCAAGGCUUGAGGACAAAGUUAAAUUGCUAAAAGGUGAAAACAGUGAACUUAGCGCUGUUGUCCACAGGCUUAAAGAGCAUGUAUGUCGUCUAAAAGAGCAAGUCAUGGAUCACGUGCAAUCUGGGUGUCAAAUAAUGCCAGUUUCUGGUCAAUAUUAAACCUCAUCAUCAUCACAAGAUUUUCAUAGAUUAAGUUUAACAGAAUCUCGAUUGACUGAGGUUUUGGAAGAUUAAUAAAAUGAUGAAAAACGUGAUGUUGACUUGGUCUGAAUGAUGAAUGCAGGUCAUGGACCACCUGCUGUCUGAAUGUCAAAUGACCAUAUAGUUAUGUUCCUCGAGCACCAAGUGCAUCACCAUGUUUAUUAAAUCAACGCUUGUUUGAGGUCUUGGGUAGACAAUGUGACAAGACAAUUUCCUGUUUGUCUCAAUAGUUGAGACCCACACGACAACGUUGGAUUUUUAUCAGUCGACUGUUUCUUUCGCGCAGUGAAACGAAGAAAUCUGUCAGUGCCUUGAGUGCUACGCAAAGAAGCAAGCAGUGGAUAUAUCACACAGUCUACGCACACGUAUGCGAUAGCUGUUGACGUUUUCUGGUGGGAGGAGGAACGCCAUCGAGUAAGAGGAAAAAAGUGUGUGAGAGAGACCAACUAAUACUUUAUGAAAGUGUGUGAGUAAGAGAAACAAGAGACCGUGGCCAUUUUGGAGAACGCCGUGGCGUGAACCUAAAAAAAAAUCUGCUCGUUUUGACGUGUAUGAACUUUUGUAUUAUUUUUACUUAUUCAUCUUUGAAUUACUACUUGUUUCUUAGGAGCGCAUGUCUCCGUGUUGCUCUAUUUUGUUUUCUCUUUUCUAUCAUUGGAUUAAUAAUUGGUAAAUAAACAUAAGAUAUAUAAAAAAAAAUUCCGUUGUUAUACAUCUAGUCUAAUGUAAUUUCUAAAGUUGCGUUAUCUCAAAGAUGACCAGCUUUAAUAAUAAACUUGAUUGUUUUUUUAAAGUACUAUGCAUAUUGUAAUGAUCGUGGAAUACGGUAUAUUAAUACAAAAAGAAGAAUACAUAUUUACGGGUUUUUGAUGCUUAUUAUGCAUCGUUUUUGAAAUAUAAUACAUCUCCAGGGUCAGCAUCUUUAGGAAUAAGAGAUUGAUGACCUUAAUAAACUGUACAUCUUGGAUUUAGAGAUAUAUGAGAUGGUAUUAUGAUUACAAUUAAUUUUUAAUACUAUUCUUCUUGAAUGUUUUCAACUAAGCGGGUUCAAAGGUACCCUUUGUUAAUAGUUAAUAUACCGAAUUCACGCCUACGCGCGUUGCACAGUAAAUAAUAGUCAUAAGUAGAUAAGGUUAGACAUAUUUAACCUUCAUUUUUGAUUAACGAACCCGCAUUUUUUAUUCAGUGGGUCUAUCCACACUCAAAACUAACUUGAAUUGAUAUAUUUUUGUUGUAUAAAAAAAUUUCUUUGUUUACAAAAAAUUACAUUUUUUUAAAAAACUUUUUUUUUAUACUUUCUAAACAUUCCGGGAUACUAAAUAAAUAAAAAGUUAUAAUUAAUUGAUAAAAUCAAUUUUUUUAUGUAAUAAAAAAAAAUGUGUCCCGUGUAUUUCUUUUGUUAAACAAUACAAUGUUACUGAUUGUAAAAGAAAAAAACUUUAAAAAAUCAAAAAAAAAAGUCGUUGCAAUACUUGUGUUAAACAAUUGUGCAAUUAUAAUGAAAUAUUAAAUGACACAAUUACAUAGACGACAUAAAAAAUUCCCCGGUUAUCAAAAGUGUGUUUGCAAAAAUAAUUAGUACAUGUUGUCUAAUAAUAAUGCAAUGCACAAAAAUGCAAUACAGUCUACACAGUGUGCCUUUUAUUUUGUACAAGUAUCGAUGAGGCAAAAAGUAAAUGACCGAGAAAAAAAAAAA